AUGGGAAGACAAAGAUUUUGGCUCAAUGAUGAUGUUCUUUAUGCAACAAGGAAGAGGAUCUAUGUUCCAAGGUGGGACAAUCUGAGGCACUACGUGAGUGCCAACCAACGAGAUUGGGCAAAGUUGUUGGAUGUUGCACAGUUCUCGUACAACUUGCAGUGGUUGAAGUCGAUAGGGUCAAGUCCUUUUGAGUUGGCAACAGAACAACAACCUAUGACACCAAACACAGUGGUGUCAGGCUACACGGGGAGUAGCUCAGAUGCAUACAAGACGGCCAAGGAGUGGCAGGUGACUAAUGAGCUAGCUUGGGCUCAAUUAGAGAAGGCAACUCAGAAGAUGAAGAAAUGGGCGGACAAGCACAUGCAGGAUGUUGUGUUCCAACCAGGUGAUCUGGUCUUCGUGAAGCUUAACCCCUCUCAACACAAGUCCACUAGAAGAUUGCACAAGGUGUUGUUGAGGAGAUAUGAGGGCCCAUUUCCUAUCAUCCGAUCAGUGGGAAGAGCUGCUUACCGUGUGGAACUACCACCCCAAUUGAAGAUUCAUCCAGUGUUUCACGUGAGCAAUCUUAAGCCUUACCAUGCCGACUCCAAAGAGCCAAGUCGUAGAGAGUCUCAACGAGCUCCACCUUUAAUGGUGACUUCAUUUGAAAGGGAGGUCGAGUGCUCAUGGCAAAGCGAGAGGUGCGACGCAAGGGGCCUACUAGAGUCUGAAGGCAAUUGGGAGAAAGAAGAGUCUUUGUGGAAGUACAAGGACAUCAUCAAAGCAUUUGAACGUGAAAAAUCUACCGCGGCGACAAGGACGUCACCGGAUUAG